UACUUAGUAAAUUUUUAACGUUAUUCAUUUGAAUCGUUAUUAAUAAUAUUAGUCAAUCAUUUGCAUAAUCAUUUGAACAUAUAUUUGAAUGUUAACUAUCGCUGAAACCGUCGUCUAUUGGAAAGAGAUCUAAAUUUAGAUAUUGCAUUAGCAACAAAUAAUAGUUUUGAAAUACGCGAUAGUUGAAAUUCGACGACUGGUCGACCACUAGUAUAUAUGAAUAUAUAUAAAUAAGUAUUUACUGGGCACAUAAUGGGUUCAGAACAGUCAUCAGUACCUCCUAAAAGGCAAACCCAAAGAGUGCCACUAGUACGGAGAGGCUAUACUAUUGCUGUCUCCAAUGUACAAGAAACAUCAAGGCAUGACCAGCAGACGAGUGGAAACAAUUCACCAGGAGCAAGUGUUUGCUCCGACUCGGAACUGCCUUACAUAUCAUAUACUGUUGAUCGACCUAUAGGGGAUUCUCCGAAGGCAGCUUCGAAGAGCCAGAGGAUCACAGACAAGAAGUCGUUGCUGCAACGCCGCCAGUUGAGCCUGCAGGCGCGUAAGGCGAGACGCACACGGGACAUCGUCGUGGUCAAGCCGGCCACUGACGAACAGCUGGACGAGGAUAUAAGGAGAUUACAGGAAAUACCAACGUUUUUGCCGAUAAUGAGAGGUACCUUAGGAUUGCCCGGAGCUAGAGACACUGAAAUAUUAGAAGGUCUAGAUUAUAAGCCUUGGGUCCGAUUGACGACAAGGUUGCAGGCGCAUUUAGCGGCCUGUGCUCAUCCACUAGCAGCCGAAGAAGUCAGCCUGGCGUCCAAGAUCAAAGAAUCAGAUGCGGAAAUAGCUCGCUUGUACAGUCAGCUAGUGGACAGACAGAGAACCAACGCGAGGCACGCCGAGAGGCUCUCCCGUGUCCAUGAGGUGGCCCAUCAGCUUUCCCGCUGCAACUCCUUAUUAAAUCAGACCAUACAAGACAUUGAGGAGUUAAAUUUUAUUUUACCCGAAGAUAAAAGGUUAGCUCCCUUUGUUUGGAACGAAGAACAUUGAAACAUAAAAUAUCUUUCUUUUUACUGUUUGUUGUCUGGAAGAAAUGGCUAUUAACCGAUACUCAGACAAAAAACUAUAAUGAGAUUAAAUGGUUCUAGAUACAUAGGAACUCUCGUAUUGUGUCAAUGCUAUUUUAGUAUUAUAAAAUAUAAACGAAACUAGUCAUUAUUAUUGAAAUUAAAUCGCCUAUCAUAACGCGAAAUUAGCUCAUGAGUGCUCACGGAUGCUCACGAAUGUUCACUCGCUCACCGGACGCUCAUAUAAACAGCGUUACCGGGGUCUAUAUAGUCGACUCGUGUGCUUAUUAAAUUCGAGUGUUCACGGGUGCUCACGUUAAAUUUAGUUCGAUGGGUCGAAGGUUGAGGGUUUCCGAGUGGGAUGCUUCCCUCUCGGUCUGUAAUGAUGCCACUGCGCAAAGCUUGAAGGUGCUUUAGGGGUCCUCGGAUGAUGACCAUAUCUCUCCUCAAAUGAGGGUGUUCCCGUGGCGGUCAAGUCCUGACUAAUGGCGCUCCGGCUGUAACAACGUGUAUUCCUAAGACUGUAACAUUAAAAAUAAAAUUGUA